AUGAUUCCUGUCACUCCUUCCUCUAUUCUAGCUGCCCUCGCCUUGGGCGCGUCAGUCGCUACUGCUCUCGCCUUGGGCGCGUCAGUCGCUACUGCUCAAGAGCUGCCUACUAUCCCUGAUGUCGCUCACGCCUCUAAGUUGUUUGAGUUUGCCGACAUCCCUUACAAAGUCGACACCGACACCCACCUUGCCCGUGGCCCUCAAGCGGGCUACAACAUUUGCAAUUCUACUACCGAGGGCCCGACUUCGAUGUGCCAAACCAUGCACUUCAAUGGGAUCGAUGAUUUCUGCCUCUGGGGUCCUCCUGAGAUGGGUCAGACCGUUGGUGAUGUCGAGGGUAGCAUGGUCGCUUGGUGCACCAAGCCCGGACAUGGUACUCGCUUGAUCCCUGCUGGAGCCCUUCACGGAGUUCAGUGGAUCAGGACACCUGACUAUAUCCAGGUUGUCGGUUUCAUUGACCAGACGAAGAUUAAUGUCCUCGCCGACGAUGAUGGAGGCGAGAUGGAUCCUCAUGGUGCUGACCUCCGUGGUAAUCCUAUGGGAGGUUUGGUAUACACCAAUGCAUGGAGCGGUUCCCCUCAGCAGGUCAUCGAGUGGCACAACUUCCUUGGCGCUCAGAAAUUCUGCUUCAAGGCUUGCGAUCCCCGUGGAGAAUUCGAUGACCGAUACUGCGAACACAUCCUGGACCGUAUUGGUUGUGACUAUAACGUUCCCAACAACGCACGAAACGGUACUUUCGAGUCGUGCGACGGAGAUAACCAGGACUUCCCCGGAGUUUACACCGACGAAAAUGGGCAGGUGCAGACCUAUAGCCAGCCGGAGAGCGAUAUUUGGCCCGUGCCUUAUACCCCUCGCACCCCUGCAUCCUCGAACUGUGUGACCUACACCAGCGCUUCCCUCUACUCAGCUCUCCCCAGUGCGACGACUUCCGCCGCCGGGUCGACUGAAACUUCUGAGGGUGCCAGCACCCGGAUUGUAACAAGGUCUUCAGGAACGGUUUCCACUCCAUCAAGGACUGGCACGGAAACAGGAAGUGGGAACCCUAGGGAGACCGCUGACAACGCUGAAGCAUCCGAGGAGGCCGGCGCAGCUCGUCGGGUCGCCAUUCCAGGCGCCUUGGUCCUCUCUCUCCUAAUUUCUCCCCUCCUCUUCGCUUGA